AUGACGUUGUUUUUGAUAUUUGUGUAUGGGACAUUAAAAUCCGGUGAACCAAACUAUAAUUUGAUGCAAAAUGAGACAAGCGGUGUGUGCAUACCACGUGGAGUUGCUAACACAAAAGAGAAAUAUUCCCUUGUAGUGGCAUCUAGAUAUAACAUACCGUACUUACUGGUUAAACAUGGAGCAGGGCAUAAUGUUCAAGGAGAAAUGUAUGAAGUUGAUGAUGCUCAGUUAGAACUACUUGGCAAAUUAGAGUCUCAUCCAAAAUUGUACAUGCGAAAAGAUGUUGUCUUAACCAGAAACAGAGAUGACCCCAGUUCACGGGAGGACUUUACGGCACAGGCUUACUUUCUUGUGAACUUCAGGCCCCAUUUACUUGAUCUUCCAAUGCUGGAGAGUUAUAAAGACAUGAUUGAUGGGAAAAAGUAUAGCAAACACAAGGAUCGUGAUGUUCAAGCUCCCCUGUGGUGGUACGAAAUACAUACUGAAUAUGAACAAAAAAUAUAA